AUGAAGCUGUCGGAGGAUGACCUGUACCGCACGUCUACUCAGUACAGGGCCUGGUCCUUCACCAAGCAACAACUGGCGGCGCAACGCCUGAAAACCAACCUCCAAGCCACCGAACGCGUCAAAGCAAAUGUCGCGAGACAACGCGCCCAGCGAGCACAACAGACCGAGACGGAUAGCAUAGGCUCUGGAGUCGAAAAUGGCAGUGGCGCUACUACCCCGCUUCCCGAUCGGGGCAGCGACGUGAAGGAGGUCGACUGCUUGACGGCGGACGAGGAGUUGGCGAUAGUAGACGAGUUCUGCGAGAGAGCACUGCAGCUCGGAGCGCAUUGCCAGUUCCCCAUUGAAGUUACAGCAACAUGCAUCCAAUUCCUGCGCCGCUUCUACCUCUUCAACUCGCCCAUGACCUACCACGGCCAAAACAUCUCCCGCACCGCCAUGUUCCUCGCCUCCAAAGUCGAAGGCGCCAUGCGCCCCAUUGACCACUUCGCCACAAACUUUAAGAAGACCACGGCGGAGCAGAUCCUCGCGCCCGAAUACGUCAUCGUCCAGGGCCUGCGCUUCAACUUUGAUGUCCGACACCCGUUCCGCGCGCUCAAAGGCGGGCAUCUGGAACUCAUGGAGAUCGCAAAGGGGACAUACGAGGGCCCGAAUUAUUUGGAAGAGGGCAUGACGAGCGCAGAUUUGAGUGCGAGGAUGUUAAAGUUGCCGGGGAAGAAGGGCCAGCCGUCGAAUGCUACGAUGCAGGACAUGGAAAAGCGCAUCACGGAAGCAUACGGCCUCGCAUCGCACAUCUUGAAAACCGCAGCGCUCCUGACCGAUGCGUACUUCCUCUACACGCCCGCGCAGAUCUGGCUCGCCGCCCACCUCCUCGCCGAUGGCCCUAUUACAACCUUCUUCCUCAGCGUAAAACUCCCCGCUUCAUCCCCCCACUUGCCCAAACUCACCGCCGUCAUACAAUCUUGCGCCACCCUCCUCUCCUCCCACCGCACUUACAUUGCAACCGUCAACCCCAAGGCCGACGACAGCGCGCACAAAGCGCGCGUCAAGGCCCUGAUUGAGAAGCUGAAGAGUUGCCGGGAUCCGGACAAGGUGGAUUUGGUCAAGUUGAACCAAGCGCAGAAGAGGGAUGCAGUGAACGAAGAGAACGGUGGUGUCGAGGAGAACAAGGCGAAGAGGAGGAAAGUGGGCAGAGAGGAGUAUCAGAAGGCGAGUGAUGAGUUUUGGGGGCCCGAGUUGGGGAAGAAGGAGUGA